CCCUCUUGAUCGUCGUGGGAAGCCGGCCCCCUUGGAAACCCAUUGGCAGUUUGUGCGUCGCUGCUCAGUGAACGGGUUACUUUUUUUUGGGUACGGAGCUGAGAGGAGAUGCACACGGCACUCGAGUGAGCUCAACAGUUGGUGUUUCUGAAGAACUGGAAAAGGCCCCUUCACAUCAGGAUUGGGGGCCAAGGCGGAGCAGUAUUACUACAUUGAAUUGAAGAAGACGCCCUUGGAUAUGGUGUGUCAUAGCGGGGAGACGAUGCGGGUCCAUGCUCACACCAAGUUCUGCUUCCUAUGUGUGCUCACCUUCCUGUUCCACCAGUGCAGCCACUGCCACGGCGACAGCCAGCACCAUCACCACGGCCAUCACCAAGGUGACCAUAGCGGUGCUGGCGAACAUGAUGGUCACGAACACGCCCACAGCGACCUGCAGAUCUCCCAGGCUCCUUACGUGGGCGGAGGGUCUGGCGGGGAAAUAGAUGCGCAGAACAAGGGGAGUCCCGGCGAGGUGCUAGAGCUGGAGCAGCGCUUCUACAUCCACCAACUGUUCCGGCGCUACGGCCAGCGCGGCCAGCUGGACUUCCGUGGCUUCCAGAGCCUGCUGCUCAGCCUGGGUCUGGGGGAGGUGAAGGUGGUAGGCUUGGAGCAUGAGGAGCUGGGCCACGAUCACGUUGCCCACCUGGACCUGCUGGAGGUCCAGGAAGGGCUCCACUCACACUCGCCUACCCACGAAGAGCCAGGGCAUGGCCAUGGGCACAGACACCAGCAUACACGGGGGAGGCCCCACACACACUACCACCCACACACAGAUCCAGGGCCAACUCACUCCCCCUGCAACAAACUGGCGACCGGUGCCAGUCCCACUGUAGAUGCUGGUCCAUUGGAGGAUCACGACCACAAAUAUGACCAUGACCACAGCCCAGUAAAAGACAGUGACCACACUCAUGAUCAUAAACACAAUCAUGACUACGAACAAGACAAAGAGCACAAACGCAAAGAGAGCCAACAGCUCAACCAUGAAGACUACAGCAACAAGACUCGGCCUCAUCAUGAUCAUGACCUCAAACCCCACACACACCCCCAUCACUUACAAAACAACACAGACAGUUCUCAAGCACAUCAAGAGCAGCCAUCCACAGCCCCGGCACAGGCCCGCCAGGAGCAGCAACCAGGGGCCGAGGCUUCAGAGGUCCCCAUUGCCAAGCCCUCUGCCCCACUUACUCUACCUCCAGAAUCCAAGCCCAAGAGGCCAAGGAAACCCAAAGGCCAGUGGGCCCGAAACCAAGACCACCAUAACCACAGUCAGGAACAUGACCACGUGCAUGGUCACAGUCUUAGUUCUGCGCCUAGGGGGAAGAGGGCGGCAGGUGGGCCCCAUGUGAGCCCCACGUUCCCGGUGCCAGCCCUGCCCAGGCAUCAAGAGGACGUGGUUCACCAGCAUGAGGAGUGUCUGAAUCUGACCCAGCUCCUCAACUACUAUGGCCUGAGUCCAGACUCCCACAUCUCGCCCAGCCAGUUCACCUACCUGUGCCCGGCCCUGCUCUACCAGAUUGACAGCCGCGUCUGCAUCCACCACUAUCACCAGGUGGACGUGGGGCAGGCCGCCCUGGAGCCAGCCAACUCCGUGUGGGUCUGGAUGUGGGGCUUUGUCUCCAUCACCAUUAUCAGCCUGCUGUCCCUACUGGGUGUAAUACUGGUGCCCAUCCUCAACCAGGGCUGCUUCAAGUUCCUGCUCACCUUCCUGGUUGCCCUGGCUGUGGGCACGCUCAGCGGAGACGCCCUGCUCCACCUGCUGCCACAUGCUCAAGGGGAGCAUGACCACAGUCACGGUGAGUCAGGAAACAAGAGCAACACUAAAGAGGUGGACAUGCUCACUGCCUUCGACGGGGUCUGGAAGGGCCUGACAGCGCUGGCUGGAAUCUACUUCCUCUUCAUCAUUGAGCACUGCCUCGGCAUGUUCAAACACUACAAAGAUGCAGGGGGCACCUUCUGUCGCAGGAAGAAGAGGGGCGAGGAGGCCAAGAUUGGCAGGAAGCUGUCAGAUCACAAGCUGAAUCGACGCUCGGAUGCAGAGUGGCUUCACCUCAAGCCUCUAACAGAGGGUCCGGACAGCACGGCCAUCUCCUGCGACAACGGCCACAACGACACUCAGCUUACAGAGCUGCAGCCACCUGACUCGCCCAGCAACAAGACACCACUGGCCCCUGCAGACUCGCUUACCAAGGAGAACGGCCGUCGGCCCAAGAAACACGGGCACAACCACAGCGGGCAUUCUCAUGGCGGUGGGCAUGGGCACUCACACGGCGGGAACUGCCACUCGGACCAGGAGAUGAAAGACGCGGGCAUUGCCAGCAUUGCCUGGAUGGUCAUCAUGGGUGAUGGCAUGCACAACUUCAGCGACGGCCUGGCCAUAGGUGCUGCCUUCAGUGCAAAUAUUACCGGUGGCAUCAGUACAUCUGUUGCCGUGUUCUGCCAUGAAUUGCCUCACGAACUGGGUGACUUUGCGGUGCUUCUGAAGGCUGGCAUGUCGGUGAAACAGGCCAUUGUGUAUAACCUACUUUCUGCCCUCAUGGCCUACGUGGGCAUGAUGAUCGGCACAGCCGUGGGCCAGUACACACACAACGUCACCAGCUGGAUCUUCGCCGUCACCGCUGGCAUGUUCCUAUAUGUGGCUCUGGUGGACAUGUUACCAGAGAUGCUCCACGGCGACAGCGAAGAACACAAGCGCUGUCAGCUAGGCCACUUUGUCCUGCAGAACCUUGGCCUGCUCACCGGUUUCUCCAUCAUGCUGCUCAUUGCCAUCUUCGAAGACCAGAUAGUUUUUGACUUUGGCUUCUAGCAGUAGAGUAUGGAGUCGGUUGGUACAAGGGAAGGCGAAUGUGGGGUUGUGUGUCGGUACUUGUGCUUUUUGGCCUUUAAAAAGUGCUUUGUUUGUUCUGUGGUGGUCCAGUGUCCUGCAUGCAUAGUGAUCGAGCUCUCAUUCAUGCUCCCUGUGCCUCUCCAUUCCGUAGAUCAAAGCAGUGGCUUAUACAUAUCCCCCCAUUCUGUUCCCUUUCUCUGUCCCAUUGAGUUAUUCCUUUCAGCUCCUAGGUUCUAUCCUAUGCUCCUUCCCAUGUAGCUUAGAUGCUGUACUGAAGGUACACCUCAAGGUAACACUCUCACCAACAAACACCUCUUUAGUUGAUAUUGAUAAGGCCACCUUCCUUUUGGAGACUAGCUCAUGCAAGUAACACUUUGAUUACUCUCCCCAUUCCUCUGAAAACCAUUAUAGCAAAUCAAAAGGAAUGUCACAUUCCAAUUGGUCUAAAUACAUUUGUCGACAAGAUAAGUUCACAUAUCGGCGGCUCACCUCAGUAUCAGCAGGUGUGCUCCACUACCUGUGAGCAUUAUGCGUGUCUCAGAUAGUGGACAAAGAGUUCCUCACCCGACUGUGUAAGAUGGAUAAAGUAUCCACCUCCUAACCUGGAGAAUUCUCCAGACUGCUUCCCACCGGUGCAGGGCGCUCCCCUACAGAGAGGAAGCUGUCAUUGCCCAGCAGCCCUCUGCUCAUCCAUCAUAACCCUGUGCAGUGUGUCGUCUUAUGUCAUUCCCACUCCCUUUAUCUGUUAUUAACCCUGUGGCUUGUCCCAUUAUCCAUGCCUAGUGCACCUGUGGUGCCUUCCCAUUGCCCCCAUCCAUCGUAAACUUGUGAAAUCUGUCCCACUGUGUAUCAACAUUUAUUGUCUAAAGCCGUGGCUGUGCCAAGCCAAGUCCAUUGUAGUGGCUUUGCCAAUGAACACACUGUAAUAGAGUAGCUAGGAGCUAGAUAGUCCAUAGACUCGGAAGUGUUAAAGGAAAGUGGUGCUAAAGCCCAAAUUUGUCCCCAGGCAUUGUAUGAGUCAACAGGUCUGUAUUGACGGUCUUCGCCCUGUUGCUCUGCAAAACUAUUGAGAACCACAGCUUAGCUAUGCAUUUUGUCAAAAAUGUGAACGCUACUACCCCAACCUUUAAAAGAGCGAUUGCGUGUCUAAUUAUAAUGGCUCAAUGUUAAUUUGCAGCAGUCUCCAUAUUUAUAUAUUAUUUUGUCUGUUUUUAUGGCUGAUUUGAGAAGCAUUGGGAGUAUUGAAGGUACCCAAAGUGCUACAUAGUGCUACGAAAGAAAAACGACUUUAGGUACUCACUCGGAUGUAGGCCCAGUCAGUUUCAUUUCAUUAUGCGUGUUCAAGACCGAUGUUAAAUGUAGACUCAGCAAUGCACAAAGUAAACAGCAUGUCAAGUAAAUUUCCACAACAACUAAGAAUGUUAAAGCACGGGCCUCAAGUUCUCCACUGUUUUGGUCCUGUAGCUACCACGUUAUAGCGGUGUAAAGUGCACCCGAGCACAUUUUAUUUAUUUAUUUUUAUUUCACCUAUAUUUUUACAUGCUCACAUACUCUGCGUGGCUAUGGGAGAGCAGUCUUGCAUCGUGCUCAUCUCAAUAUCUGCGGUACUGAUUCAUAGCGCUGAGUCUACCUCUAAAAUGAUGUGGGAGAAAAAAAGUUGGAUUACCUAGAUAUAUAUAUUAAGAACCAAGAAAUAUUUCCCAACUGCAUUUGUAGGACUGAUAGUAGUCUGUAAACAAAAAUCUGACAUUUUACAAAAUGAAACUUUGCAUGCCCGAAGUCCUAUGUGAAUUUAAGAUUGUAUUUUUUUCUGUGUCGAAGAAACAGUGUUGCUUUGCGUUUACUCCAUUAUUGAGGGCACUAGCUUGUUUUUGUAGCCAAAUACUUGACCCAUGCAUUGUUUUGUGGUAUUUUCUUAUUUUUAAAUGGGUUACUUUAAGUCUUGAUUACCCCCAUCGCAAUCGGGCAAAGUCAGAAGUCAAUUAGAUUGAGAGCGAAUUAAGUAUAUUAACUUUGUGCUUAUUACAUGGGGGUUACACUAGUUACCUUACCAAAAGACCCAAGUUAAGACUGUUUUCAGCAUCAUAUAAGCACAGGAACAGUGUAAAUCUAAAGAGCGUCACUAUUAUUGUUAAAAAAAAAAACUGAGAUGUUUGGAUACUGUGUGUAUCAUUCCUCCCAAAUCAGUUUAUAAGAAAAGUACUUGUAUCAAAUAUUACAUUUUCCUGUGUCAUUUUGAAAUUGUUCUCUGACAAUCUGGAAAAGAACAAGCAUGUCAAUAGCCUUUUUAUCACUGCUAAAAAUAUGCUUUGUCUAUAUAUUUGAAUAUGUUCAAAUUAGCACACUUUGCACUUGUGUAAUUGAUAUUCGACUGGUAAUCAAACCGUAGAACUAUAAGGUUCCUUUGAUUAUUUUUUUUUAUUUUUUAACAAUCAUUAGUAUAUUUUUGGUUAAAUGGGUGUAUGUGAUAAGACACCACGCCGACUGUGCCAAAAGUGGCCCAUUUGGGUUUUCUUUACCAUAAUUCUAUGCUUGCUGUCGCCUCCUGACAUUCCAUUGGCUGUCUGCUGCUCGAGUGCUAAGCUAGCCAGCCUGGCUGCUUCACCUGCUGGAUCACAUUGAAAUGUGCAACCUCCAUUUAUCCUGUCACUGUGUGACAUCCAUCGUCUUGUCUUAUUGGCUGUGAAUCAUCGUCAAUCACAUUAAACUAAUGUACUUGAUUGGAUCGAAUCAUGCAUGAGUGAAAUGGAACAGGAAAAUGUUUUGGAUGUAAUUGUUUCUCUGCUUUUGUAUAGAAAAAUGUAAAUGAAAAAUACUAGUCAAAUGUUUUGUUAGUUUAUUUUUUAAAUAAACAGAUCAACUGUAGCGAUGAGGAAUUCUUUGGGGCCUGCUGAGCCUAUUGGUAGAGCUUUCGUGUUUUAGAACAUUAAUGUUAAUUCGUUUUUCAUAGUCUGUUUUUCUUUCUCAUGUUGAACAACUAAUAGAAAUAUGUACUUCAUGGGCUCAAUAGGUGCCUGCUAUAAUGUUGCUAUAUUCUUUUAACAAUCAAUUUUUCAGGCAAUGGAGAUGGUUACAAGUGUCUAGCCACCAUUUAGAUUACCAUGCCCCAAGGAAUAUCAGAAUCUCUUUACUGGACUAGGAGCAGCAAAUACAAAAUAAUAAUAUGAAGGUACCAUGGUUGUUUUGGUUUUUAAUUUGAUACAUUGUUUACAAACCUGAAUAUCUAAAUGUAGUCAUUGCAUUUAUCAUCCUCGCUGAUUGUCUGUGCAUUCUCUGUCUGGAAAGGAAAAUAAAGUUUGCAAAGAGCC